GGGAGUGCAGACUGAGGACUUCUUCAAAAGUGAGGUUUAUUUUUAGGGUGCUUCACAUCUGCCACUGGGUAAUAAACAAGCUAAGCAGAGCCUCCUGAAACCAACCUGGAGUAAGCUGAAUAUCCUUCUGUCACAGCUCAGCAUGCAGAAGUAUCAGAGGAGGCUUGCAGGGAGCAUCGAGAGGCCGUGCACAGACUUCAAAGAAUCAAACUGAAUUAAUUUGCUUGAAUUUGUUGCGUUGAAGAAGCUGUGCAUGGAGGUUUUGCUUUAAAGUCCAGAAUAUGUUUGUGCGUUUAAAAUACAUGUCUAAUAAGUGGGUGAGCUGAGAGACAGGACUUUAUGGAUGAGGCAUUUUAUAAUGAAAAGCUAUUACAAGACCAGAUCAUAAAAACAUUUACAGACUCGCCUCUUGAGAUACAUUCUCUGAUAAACCAUCAGAUGUCAAAGUUUCAGCUUCUGAAUGAUUCAUCAUGUUGCCAGUUAUCUGCAGGAUCUUAUUACAGAGAUGUACAGGCUUACAUUGAUCAUAUGGGAACAGGAGAUAGCAGCCGCACAAAUGCCUCAGUGUCAGCUGCGUUUUGCCAUCUGCUUUAUGCGCUCCAUUUAACUGAAUUGAUGAAAACUAGGGAAUAACCCCUGAAUACUCUCAUGCUUUAACAUUCACGCCAUUAAAAAUGUUGACUUUCUCCACAUGAUGUGAUCGCAGGCAUCCUGCAGACUCUCUCUCGUGAGGGAAACCAUUACAGAACACGUUACGGCAUUUAAGUGUUGAUUGCCAACAGACUGUCAGUCUGAUGCCUAUGCAAAUGACAGCACCAUGACAGGGGUCAUUAAAUCUUGGUGAUUAUUUAGAGAGCUAAUGGUGGUACAUAAUGAUCUUGUGAAAUGACUCUCCAGGCUGCAGUGGGGAAGAAGAUGCAUACAGUCUGAAAGCAGCGGGAAGGCAGGAGGAAAGCUGAGCGUGACACAACAAAGCCUCAGCAGAAAAGUUUGCUUUAGUUGUUGCCACUUGUUAAAACCUCUUUACUCCCACCUCUGAUGUGAGGCAAUCCUUCUUAUAGAGCCAGAUUGCACAGAAACACACCUAAUGGCAAGAUUCCCACAUUUGGGCAAUUUGUAUUUUUGAAGUCUACUAGUUAAACAAGUUAAAGAUGGAGAACGUCAAAACUAUGAUCCAAAAAUGAUGGACAGUACACUGUUUAGGGAAUUAGCAUCAUGACUCAUAGAUUUGACAUGAUAUGCCCUAGCGCUUGAGGAGUUUUCAGCUGGUCGUGAAUCAGACUGAAAUAAAUACUAUUGCCUCUUUAUGACUUACAUAGGCAAAUAAGACCAACAGCAAACAGCGGGAAUUCUAUAUUUUUAUUUUUGGUACCAGAAACUGUUGCCAAAAGGUGAGUGUCACGAUAAAUGAUAAACCUCACACUGACUAAACAGCCUUUAUUUACAAUUUCCUUGUCAAAGAUUUACAGUAGUUGAUUAAUUAAAAGACAGAAAGAUGACAUACGAUACGAAAGAUAAAAGCUCCAGAAACAAAGAGGUACUUCUUUGUCCACAGCGGGAGCCAAAUUCGCCCCAAAACUGUUUUAAAGAUACAGAUAUGACAGUCGUGUUUGUCUUCUUAUCGUACUCCUGUCUGUAGAAUUCCAGCAAAUUUCCAAAGAUUUUGAACUCUUUCUCAAAGCCUUGAGCUGUUUCAUCUCAUAAACAAUGCAUGCCUGCAUCACAGGCUUUGUUUUAAUAAAAAGAAUGAGGAACAGCCUGGAAAAUGAUUAAAUCAAAUGCCAAACACAGCUAUCCUGCACUGAAAAUAGAAAGUACUGCCCCUGAGACAUCCUCCCCCAGUGAUGGCCAAAUGCUUCAAGAGGCUGUUUUGGCUCACAUCAAGGUACCCUCCCUGACACCUCAGACCAGCACCUACAGGGAAAAGAGAUUAACAGGGGAUGCUAUCAACCUCAGCCUCCAUAUUUAGCCUCAUAAGACACAAAUGUCAGGUUGAUCUCUGGGGAACAGUUUUCGUCUUAAUUUUGUCAGAAUUUCCACACUGUUGGUUUGAGUUCCAUAACAAAAACUCCUGGACACAAGUAUUUGCAUCAUGGUUCGCUAACCAACCUCCCCUCAGACUGUCAAGUCAGGAUAGCAGCAUCAUCCAACCCCAGUCAUACGUACUCACCCUUGACUAUGCUAUCAGGAACAAGUCAGGGCACAGUGUAUUCCCCAUGGACACUGUGGCAUGUGGAUUACAGGAGCUGGGAUAUGCUGACUCUACCACAGAGCCAAAUCUACGAGCUCUGCAAAAACAAAAGAAAGGAAGAGUGUCAAUACCAGCAGCACUUGCAAGGACCAGAAAGACGGUCUUUAAUAUGGUUCUCAGCAUCUUGAUAACACAGCUGCAUACAGCUGAGCUCAUCUAUUUGGUCCAUAUUUGAAGAGAUAGUUGCAAUAGUUGUAUAAUCAUGAAGAGUCAAAUUGAUUUCCUUGUGUUGCUGUGUUGUAAAGCACCAGUAAAAACACAUUACAAACCAGCAGAGAUUUGUGUGUAAAAUGCAGAUCACUGAAGUCUGACAAAUGUGGUUGAUCAGCUCUCUGAUAUCACAUAUUUCUGAAAAGUGAACUGUCUAAAAACUCCUUCAAAACACCCCAAAAUAUUUUUCCAGAGAUAUGAGCACUGCCUCAAGCUGAAGCGAAUUUUCCUUAAUGCCUUUUCUCAGUUUGACAUCAUCAUGUCGUGCAGUUUUCUCCUCUGUGUUUUACAGCCUCCCUGAUGUGCAGCGACAGGCCCGUUUAUCCUCCAUUAAUCUCUAUGCUCUGCUUUUACCCCCCACUUAGUGCUGACGUUUAUCCUAUUAAUGAGUUGUUUUCUGGGUGGAAAAAAUCCCCCUGUAACAUAAUCCAGAGUCAGGGGUACUAAUGUGGGUGUGAGCUGAUGCUAUGCUGUGUGGUUGCCAUGGAGCCAGUGAACAAUUGAUCAUAUAAUAAAACCAUUACAGAGAGGGUGGUUAAAGACUUUAAGACUGAGAGAAAACAAGAUGGAAAAACAGUGAGAGUUUGAGAGUAUGUCAUCUUGUUGGUUGGACUUGGUCACAAACAUGGACUUUUGUGUAACAGUAAAAAUGUUGGAUUUUAAAAUGCUGCCCCCUCCUGUUCAUUUGCAAAAUUACAAAUUUGUUUUGUUUGCAAGUUGCAUUGGAAAGGAAAGAGUAUUUUUUGUCAAUGUCAAAAGCUUUUUGUUUUGUAAAUGGUAUACCAAGUUGUUCCCAUAAGUCAUGGUUAAACAAGAUUUUAAAAAAUCUUGUACGUCCUUAGAAAGACAGGUAUAUUAAAGCUGAAUAGUCUACUUGAAGUAUAUCGCUGUAAUAACUUAUUUUGUUGUCUCUUUAUUGUACAGCUCUUUUUAAAAUACAAUAAUGCAUUAAUAGUAUCAAAUUAAAUUGUAAAUAGUUCAUACAGGACACUUUCCUCACCUUAAUUUUCAUAUCUUUAAGUAAAUUUUACACAUACUCAUGAUAGGACAGGACAGGACACAGUAUGAUACAAAAACUUUAGAUACAAAACAAUACAAAAUAAUACAAAACAAUGCAAUAUAAUAAAAGAUACAAUACACAAUAUGAUAAAUGUGAAAUCCUUUAGGGAACCUUUUCUUUUACUAAGUAUAAAGCAAUUUGUCCUUUUUUUAACCAAAAUAGUUGAAUACUUCUUCACUCAUGAAGAAUAGCAAAACUUGUGUCACGCUACUUAAAAUAAACACAAUCAACACUGGAAUAUUAUCUUUUGUCACAUCUUUACAUUUAUCCUAAAACCUUUUGCAACAUAAGAUAGUUGUUGUUAAAGGUUUUUGAUGGGUCAAUUUGUAAAGGCUCUCUGGUGCCUUUACAUUGGCUAUAGUGUGGAAAAAUACCCAUUUAGUUGCCCUGAUAGGCUAUAAAAUGCAAAGAAAGUGCAUUACAUGUGCCCUUCUAGAGGUUAAAAUAUAUUUCAUAAAAGCCCUUUGGAUGCCCCUACAGUAUGUCACAUGACCGGACUGCUCUCUAGGUAAUCUGUUUAGAUUAUAUUCUUAUCGUAUGUUUGUAAUAAAUCAAGAUUUGUCAAUGCACAUUACUUAUUGUUAAUUUUGCAAAUGCAAUGACAAAAACUUAAAAAGUCCAUUGUUAUUUGGCCCUGGCACAUUUCCCGAGCUGGCUUGUUCCAGAGAUGACCGCUAGGUGGCAGAGUAGCUCCGUCCUGCUGUGACCGGAUAUGACUCGCGGUGAUCUCGGCUCUCCAGCUCCCAAACUGAGGGCGUUUUUCCCUCAAUCUUGACUCGAGUUUUUUUCUUUCCUGGGUGUUGCCUGCCUAGACUCCAACUUUGGAGUUGCACGGGGUGUUGCUGAGUGGAACAUACAAAGCGGAAAAUCUCUUUUAAACCCACAUUUUGAACUUUUUGGCUCGUGCUCUAGCUUUCCUAACUUAGCUGCCGUUGUAUUUCUGCACGCGACGCAGGAUUGAUUUAUUUUAGCCGCUGUUAGCUAGUUAGCUUAGCUAACUGAGCCUGAGCCGCAACUUCUUCCGAUGCAGGCCAUUAAGUGUGUGGUGGUGGGGGACGGGUGAGUUAAACCAUUAUCUUUUCCUCUCUUUAAAGUCGUAUGUAAAGAGUUGUCCAGUUUCCUAAAAAGCCAAAAAGAAGGGGGCUAACACGGUUGUUUUGGUUGACCCAGUUACCAACAGUUGGCUCGCGGCUAACGAGCCUCAGAGAUCACGAUGAGCGACAGCUGUUGUUGUGUCGGUGUGCUGUUCAGUCCAGCUGGGUCAGACAGAUUUAUGCUCCUGUUGGGUGGGACAGGAUGGGUCACAGCAUGUCUUUUUUUUUAAUAUUUAUCAUAUAUAUGUUUAUUUAAAAUGCAGUUUGCUUUGUCGGCGGCUACUUAAUGGUCGACCAAAGUCGAAGUUUUCAUGCUGUUUGGUUGGUACACAUGUUGUGAACAUUUUGUGUCAAGCUCCAUUAGCCACUGAAAACUUGUGUAAAAUAGUUUCGAAACAUGAAUAGAAUAAUAAGUAUUGGAAUUUCAAUAUCACUUAUGGGCUAUCUUUCAAACAAGGAUUUAUUUAAGCCAAUCUCUGGCGGACCACUUGAAAACCCAAACUAAAACUUAAAAAGUUUUCAGCAAUCCUCGAUUACUUGUGUAGUAAGUGUUCGGUAUUUAACUUGUUGUACAUAAAGCCUCAUUCAUUUUCUUGUUCUGCUUUAAAAUGUGUUACAUAGUGUCACUUUUCCUCGUCUUUUAAGUAUUUUUGUCCAGUCAAAAACAUUUCAAAACGUGGAAAAUCUACAAAAAGAAUUUGCAGACAAUUAUCCAAAAUGAAUUAUUGAAUAUAAGGUUAAUUCGUGGCUUCUUGGUGUGUAUGUAUCUGUGGUUACAGACGAACAUUAGUCCUCAAAGAUUUCAAUGUCAUAAAAGUAAUGGUAGAGUAAGGUGACUACCUAACAACCUUUGGAUUGUUGAACUUUGUAUUUAAAGCUUUGACUGUGCACUUCAUUUCCCUUUAAACUGCUGUCAUUGUUUUGGUGAAUAUUAUCUAUCUGUGAAGGACUAUAAAUACCUCAUGGUUAAUUCAAAUACCCAGUCUUCACAUACUGUGAAAAAGUUUCAUGAAUAAAGCUUGAAGCUUAACUCCACUGAAACAGUUUUAAUCAGGCAGCACAGGUCAAACAGGGCUUGCUGGACUUGUUGACCUGUCAGGCAAACAGGUUCAGCUAACCGGUCUCUUUUGUAGAGUCAUGUAAUGUAAUCAAAGCUGCAGUUGUAUAGCUGCUCUCAUCAUCUUUCUCAAUCUUUUCUCUUUUCCUUUUUUUUUUUUUUUUUUAAUCUCAGGGCCGUGGGAAAAACAUGCCUCCUCAUCAGCUACACAACCAACGCCUUCCCCGGAGAAUACAUCCCCACAGUGUAAGUCAAACACACACACACCUCUUAUGAACAGCUGUGACAUGUGAAGAGUCAGCAUUUGUUAUGAAACGCAACAACGCCAGUGCAGUACCUCAAAUCUUACAUAACAGUGCUAAUUGCCACAAUGUUAUUAACUUUGAAGCUGACCCUCCUCUCUACAGUUUUGACAACUACUCUGCCAAUGUGAUGGUUGAUGGGAAACCAGUGAACCUGGGUCUGUGGGAUACAGCCGGACAAGAGGACUACGACAGGCUCAGACCUCUGUCCUACCCACAGACAGUAUGUUUACAUCUGUGCAUUCAUUAAGAGUGGAGACAACUGCUCGUCUCAGACCACUAGGACCAGUUAGAGCCAGACAAUGUUAGCGAGUACACUAUGUUCACUUUCUGUAGCACUGAUUCAGAGUUAUUCACUAGCCUGAAACGCUGGAGAGAGAGUCUUUACCCUCAGCUGAGCAGAGCCUCGUAUCCAUAGUACCUAUACACUGUCUGGAGGAAGUGAAGGGAGCUUUUGUUCGCAGUCUUUGUCUUUGUAACAAACUGGCCUCUGUGCCAAAGACUAACAGGGAAAAGAAAUGAGAGUUAGCUUGUAUUAAACUUACAUAGUCCAGAUUAGUCUGGUUUUGUGGUACCCCCCUUACCUUGAGUAUUUUGGGUAUUUCAUAAGCACCAAAGAAUUUUGAUUAUUUACUUAGGUUUGUCAUAACUCUUGUCCAAAGACAUUUGCUUUGUGAUAUUGAGGUCUUUGUAUUUCCUCUCACAGGAUGUGUUCCUGAUUUGCUUUUCCCUCGUCAGUCCAGCCUCCUUUGAAAAUGUCCGUGCCAAGGUAAGAGGAACAGGUUAUUCUUUCUGUCUGUUACAGCAAAUUGGGCUUUUUUUUUCAUUUAAUUCCAUAGUACACAAAAUGUAUUUGAUUUAAGGAUAAGCAAGUUGUGUUACGCAAGGGGAGAAAGAGGGUAUUUUUUCAUCAAAUAAAAAAAAAAAACCCUCUUUCUCCCCUCAUAAAUGUCAAAACUGGGUUUAUUCCUAGUAGGUCCAACCGAUAAGGAUUUUUUGGGGCCGAUGCCGAUACUGAUUAACAUCGGGAAGUGGGUUGAACUGAAACUUGUCGACUUAUUGUGUAUUUCACAAACUAGUUUAUUUACCGUUGAGGCGGACCACUCUCCUCUGUGCGUCCCUGAUCUGUCUGCUUCAGAUCCGUCACUCUUCUGUGCUGUGAGGUAGUUAGUGGAUGAAGAUUGUCAUAAGGUCGCUGCGCCAUCUACAGUAUAAAUCAUGGAACUUUUCAAAUGGUGGAGCAUUUUUGAAGUGAAACCGAAUCUUAUUCUCCGCAUUUUAUUUCUGAAAAUAUCGGCGAAAAUCGGCGAGUUUUGGUCAAUUACCGAUUAGUCUCCAAUGGACUAAAAUUGGCCGAUUUAAUCGGCUCGCCAAUAAAUCGGUCGGGCCCAAAUUCCUAGUCCAAUUAUCAUGAUAUAUAGACUGAGUUCAGAUUCACCUCAGUCCAUUUUUUAAUAUUUCUCGGCAUGUUAGGCGUCGUAUAUCAUAUUAUUAUGUGUUUUUUUAAUUUUAAAGUUACUGUAGGGGAAAGAUUCAAAUUAAACGUCUUUUUUGAAGAUUCAGAAACUGCUGUUGGAUAACCACAGGAGCAGAGAUCCCUCAUGUCUGUAUCAGUUUGUGUGCUUGAGGUCUCAGAGGGUCACAUUGUUUUGAAUUCAGAUAAUAACAAAAAAAAAACUGAAAGUAAUCUGUCUGCCAUACUGUCCAUCUGCAUCCUUCAGCCUCUGUCUCUUUCUCCUCCCUUAGUGGUACCCUGAGGUGAGACACCACUGUCCCAACACACCUAUCAUCCUGGUGGGCACCAAGUUGGACCUGAGAGACGACAAGGACACCAUUGAAAAACUCAAGGAGAAGAAACUCUCCCCCAUUAUCUACCCCCAGGGCUUGGCCAUGGCAAAGGAAAUAAGUCAGUUUACAUACACACACAGAAAAAAAGUGAAAUAUUUAUUCUGAAUCUGUGAGAGUCUCAUAUACAGAUUUCUUUAAGAGAGUAAUGGAAGUUAGUGUCAGAGAUCAUGCCUUCAAAUGUUACCUCAAAAGAGCCAAAGUUGCGAUUUUAAGCUCCGGUACAGGGUCCCUGAAAUACUUGAUCCCUUCAUUACUUUAAAAGGUGUUACAUUUAUAUAUAUAUACACAUAUCAAAUAAAAUAAUCACACUUGCAUAUUGCUAGUAAUUGAAGCAAAUUCUGUCAGUUAUUUGAGAUCAGUAAAAACUUUAGUAGGAAAAAGACCCUUCAAAACCAAACAAAAUUACAUACAUUUCAGAUAUUUCUUUUAGUGAAAGUUUAAGAUGAAGAAAAUCACAUUUUGUUCUCUCAUUUUGAAAUCUUGUGUACCCCAGAAUGGAUAGUCUUUGAGAAAAUACAGAGCAGAGUCAAUUUAAGCUUCAAAUCAGAUUAUUUGACUGCUAUUAUAUCAUACAAGCAACAAAAAAUUGAUUUGCCUCUUUCUCCUUUCUUUAAAUGUCUUUUUUUCUAUUACUUUCAGGUUCAGUGAAGUAUCUGGAGUGCUCUGCUUUGACGCAGCGUGGCCUUAAGACGGUGUUUGACGAAGCCAUCAGGGCGGUCCUGUGCCCCCCGCCUGUCAAGAAGAGGAAGAGGAAGUGCACAUUAUUGUAAUGGUGAACCACAGGGAUCUGAAAAAUCAUGGCUGCAGUUAGAACUCACCUCCUCAAAGGGAAGAGGACUGGGUUCCCCAAAAUUCUAUUCACCCCCUGUGUCCUUGCUUGCAUAGAAGCUCUGAUAGAUCAGACAUCCAUCUGAAAGAACUUGACAGAUUUAAGCAGAGCGGACAGUUUUUGGUCGGCUUCAGUUUGUCGUGGCUUGUAUCUGUUAGGUUUGCUCAGAUUGGCAGGAAUGAAGUGACUUUGCUAUGGCCUUGGGGAAUACGGGUGGGGGGUUGUAAAUGAAAGAAGCGGGAGGUUUAAAAAAGAAACUUGUCACUGUCCUGACAUUGUGAAGAAACAUUACUUGAACAUAAUUUUUAUGACAUUAGCAUAGAUUUGAUUCCAUAAGAGAAGGAUUUCCUGCACUACACUUUCUCCCCUUUACACUAAGAGAUUCCUGCUGCCUUGAUGAAACUUUAAGACAUUAUUUUUUAGAAACUCUAAUUUCUCCUUUUUCAUGGUCAGUCUUUGGUCUCAGCUGUGAUUGACUAACCAUUUUGUUUACAUAUGUCAUACAACCUUGUCUGAGGUGUUGCCAAAACUCAGUCAACGGUCUUCACUAUGUAGUCACUCCAUGAACACUAAAAUGUUGUUUCUCUUUCUUUUUAAAUCUUUAACAUGUACAAGACACCAAUAUUUAGACAUAUUUUAACCCAUAGAAUACUUAAAAUGUUUAGCAGUAACAAGUAUUUAGAUAUCAACAGGUUAUUAUCUUGUUUUUUGUUUCUGAAAGCUCCCCAGGUGUAUCCAUUGUUCAUUUUCUACUGUGUUUUGAGUGAACAUAGUAUUGAAUGACGGAUUGUUGGACAUGUGAAAGCGCAGUGCAGCCUGUGUUGUACGAAUUCAUUAUCAGUCACACUGUAAAAGAAAGUGCUCCAGAUAUGCAGGCUUUUUUUUUUUCCAGUAUUUGAUCUUCAUAUUCAUAUCGCAAUGGUGUAUAACCUUACAUCUGUUUUGAUGAAGUCAAAGAGCCGGUGUAUUAACACUUGAAGAUUGACGCUUGUGCAUUGUGUUUGUAACUAUUCAGCACAGUCAUUUUGUUUAUAAAUGAGCGAUGAACAAAGCCAGUUAUUCAGGACUCAUCGGAUUGGUGUUUCACUUUCAGAGCUCAAAAUACACGCUUGGCUUCAUUAUUUGCUAAAUGUGGAUUCAUUUUCAUUUAGUAGAAUGACGAUUUUUUAAAAAAAGCAAAUAAACUCACUGAAAAUGCUCA